AUGGUAGCCUGGAAGAAUCUAAGGAAGCGAGGCGCAGAGUUGAAGCACUGUGGCUCCUCUCCCCCGUCACCCCACUCGGCCCCCUCUCCUAAUAUGAGGCAUUUUCUGGGGGAGCAAAGCUGCAGCAGGAAUUCGGCGAAGUGGCAGAGCUGGGACCCCAGCGGGCGCCGGGCGCCGCGGGAGCCAGCAGGUGGCGGGGCCUGCGCUCCGCCCGGGCCUGAGUGCACCAGGCAGGUGCCAGCGGCUCCGCACCGCGGCGACACCACCGCCGGCACUCACCCAGGCCGGCAGCUCAGAACCGAGCGCAGGGCCCCGGAGGGAGACCAGGAAAGUCGAAGGCGGAGCAGCUGGAGGCGACCCGCGCGGGGCAACUGGGGACACCAGACCGAGUGCACGCUGGAGGUCCCGGAGCACGAGGAGCGCGGAGGACCGGGAGGUUCCCGGGCUUGCGUGGGCAUCACGUGCCCUCCCCCAGUGUCCGUGGAACACGCAGACAUCCGGGUCAAGAGCUACAGCUUGUACUCCAGGGAGCGGUACAUUUGUAACUCCGGUUUCAAGCGUAAAGCCGGCACGUCCAGCCUGACUGAGUGCGUGCUGAACAAGGCCACGAACAUCGCUCACUGGACAACUCCCAGUCUCAAAUGCAUUAGAGACCCUCUCCUGGCUCGCCAAAGGCCAGCGCCACCCUUCACAGUAACGACGGCAGGGGUGACCCCACAGCCAGAGAGCCUCUCCCCUUCUGGAAAAGAGCCCGCAGCUUCAUCUCCCAGCUCAAACACCACAGCGGCCACAACAGCAGCUAUUGUCCCGAGCUCCCGGCUGACGCCUUCCACAUCACCUUCCACAGGAACCACAGAGCUGGGCAGUCAUGAGUCCUCCCACGGCCCCUCCCAGACAACAGCCAAGACCUGGGAACUCACGGCAUCCGCCUCCCAGCAGCCGCCAGGUGUGUAUCCACAGGGCCACAGCGACACCACUGUGGCUAUCUCCACAUCCACCGUCCUGCUGUGUGGACUGAGCGCUGUGUCUCUCCUGGCAUGCUACAUCAAGUCAAGGCAAACUCCCCCGCCGGCCAGCAUUGAAAUGGAAGCCAUGGAGGCUCUGCCGGUGACUGGGGAGACCAGCAGCAGAGAUGAAGACUUGGAAAACUGCUCUCACGACCUCUGAAACUCGGGGAAACCAGCCCAGCUAUGUCCGGAGUGAAGGAGCCUAUCUGCUUUAGCUAAAGACGACUGAGAAGAGGUGCAAGGAGGUGGGCUCCAGGAGCAAGCCCACCAGGCCUCUCAGACGUCCCAGCAGGAUCUCACGGACUGCGGGGUCGGCGCUUCCUGCGCGGGGAAGCAGGUUCUCCGCCUUCCCAUGGGCACCACCUGCCUGCCUCGGAUCCAGGGCCCAGCUUCCCAGGAGAGACCAAAGGCUUCUGGGCAAGGGUUUUAUUUUAUUACAGUGUGAGCUGCCUGGAAUACUUGUGGUAAUGAAAUAAAACCCCUGCCCCGAACCUUCUGUCCCUCAUCCUGACUUGCAGUUCACAGAGAAAAGUGACAAACCUGAAGCUCUCUGUCAACUACAAGGCUCCUCCUGGCAUGGGAGGUGUCUCCAGGGAAGACACCAGCACUGGGGCUUCUAACCACCCUGUCUCCAGCUGCUCUGCACACACAGACAGGGACCCGGGAAAGGUGGGAGAGAUGCUGAGCCAAGCGAAUCCUCUCCAUCAAAGGAUCCGCAAAGAAGAAACCUCAACUCAGUGCCAUUUUAAAUAUAUAUGUGUUUAUAUUUAUACUUCCUUGUCUAUUAUAGCUACACAUUAUAUAUGAUUUGUAUUUUGACAUUGUACCUUGUAUAAACAAAAUAAAAUGUCUAUUUUCAAUAUUUUUAAAAUGCA